GAAAGGAAUUUAGAAGGACGACGACGUUUCUCAUCAUCCGUACAUUGUUCUUAAAUUGUAACGGAGACGUGUGAUAUCAUCACUCAACCAACACCUUUCUUUCUCUCCGUCGUCGAGAGUUUCGCCGAUUUCGUAAAAACCCUAUGGAGCUCCUCCGAUCCAACUUGUCUAGGGUUCAGAUCCCUGAACCUACUCAUCGUAUCUACAAGCAUGAGUGUUGCAUCUCCUUCGAUACUCCGAGAUCCGAAGGAGGAUUGUUCGUAGAUAUGAAUAGUUUUCUUGCUUUUGGGAAGGAUUAUGUUUCUUGGAAUUAUGAGAAGACUGGAAACCCUGUUUAUCUGCAUAUUAAGCAGACUACCAAGUCUGUUCCUGAGGAUCGGCCUCUCAAGAAACCGACUCUGCUCGCUAUAGGAGUUGAUGGAGGCUUUGAUAACAACGAGCCUGAGUACGAGGAGUCGUAUAGCAUAGUUAUACUUCCGGAUUUUGUGACACUGCCAUUUCCUUCUGUUGAACUACCAGAGAAGGUGAGGAUUGCUGUCGAUACUGUAGUGAAUGCCGUAGGUGCUGAGCGGAAAGAGCAAGUUGCAGCUUGGACAGCUGAGAAAAAGUUAGUUAGUGAACAUGCAUUGACACUGCAGCAAAUCAAGAGUGGCAUUGUCAUUCCUCCCUCUGGUUGGAAAUGUGCCAAGUGUGAUAAGACGGAGAAUCUCUGGCUUAAUCUUACCGAUGGAAUGAUUCUCUGUGGAAGAAAAAACUGGGAUGGAACUGGUGGAAACAACCAUGCGGUUGAGCACUACAAAGAGACAGCCUAUCCUCUUGCUGUAAAGCUUGGAACUAUCACAGCUGACUUAGAAGCAGCAGAUGUUUAUUCCUAUCCGGAAGAUGACAGUGUUUUGGACCCGCUCCUGGCUGCGCAUCUGGCCCAUUUUGGAAUUGACUUUUCGUCGAUGCAGAAGACUGAAAUGACAACUGCCGAAAGAGAACUUGAUCAAAAUACAAAUUUUGAUUGGAACCGUAUACAAGAGAGUGGAAAAGAAUUGGUACCAGUUUAUGGACCUGGAUAUACCGGACUUGUCAAUCUUGGGAACAGUUGCUACUUGGCAGCUACGAUGCAGAUUGUUUUCUCUACCCAUUCAUUUAUUUCAAGAUACUUUUCACAUCAGAGCUUAAAGAUGGCUUUUGAGAUGGCUCCUGCUGAUCCAACUUUGGACCUCAAUAUGCAAUUAACAAAGCUUGGACAUGGUUUACUAUCUGGGAAGUACUCUACUCCUGCAACUCAGAAGGAUGCUACAACUGGAGAUGCUAGACAAGAAGGAAUACCUCCUCGCAUGUUCAAAAACGUAAUUGCUGCGAGCCACGCAGAAUUCUCUUCUAUGAGACAGCAGGAUGCUCUCGAGUUUUUCCUCCAUUUGGUAGGCAAGGUUGAGCGUGCUAGCAACACGACACCAGAUUUAGACCCCUCGAGGAGCUUCAAGUUUGGAAUAGAAGAGAAGAUCCUUUGUCCAUCUGGAAAGGUUGGAUAUAAUAAGAGGGAAGACUGUAUUCUUUCUUUGAACAUUCCGUUGCAUGAGGCAACUAAUAAAGAUGAAUUAGAAGCCUUUAACAAGCAGAAAGCAGGAAAAGGAUUGGAAGAGAAUGAUAUCAGGUCAAGUGAUGAAAUAGUACGCCCACGAGUUCCUUUAGAAGCUUGUCUAGCAAAUUUUGCAUCAUCAGAGCCGAUUGAUGACUACUACAGCUCUGCUCUGAAGGGGAGGACAACAGCUAUCAAGACAACUGGUUUGACAUCUUUCCCAGAUUAUUUGGUCUUGCACAUGCGGAAGUUUGUUAUGGAGGCAGGCUGGGUGCCAAAGAAACUUGAUGUAUACAUUGAUGUUCCGGAUGUUAUUGAUAUCAGCCACAUGCGUAGCAAAGGACUCCAACCUGGGGAGGAACUGUUGCCAGAUGGCGUUCCAGAAGAAGUGAUUGAAUCAGCGCAGCCUGUGGCAAAUGAGGAGAUAGUUGCACAACUUGUCUCAAUGGGAUUUAGCCAGCUUCAUUGCCAGAAAGCUGCCAUAAAUACUUCCAAUGCUGGGGUUGAAGAGGCAAUGAACUGGUUACUUUCUCACAUGGAUGAUCCAGACAUUGAUGCACCGAUCUCCCACCAGACAUCUGACGUUGAUCAAUCAAGCCUUGAUGCCUUACUCUCCUUUGGUUUUGCUGAAGAUGUUGCUCGAAAGGCACUAAAAGCCUCGGGAGGAGAUAUAGAGAAAGCAACAGAUUGGAUAUUCAACAACCCUAAUGCAUCUGUUUCAGACAUGGAUGUUUCCUCUAGCAAUUCAGCGCAGACUCCGGCUCAAAGUGGAUUACCAGAUGGAGGAGGGAAAUACAAGCUGUUUGGAAUAGUAAGUCACAUAGGAACAUCAGUGCACUGUGGUCACUACGUGGCGCACAUAUUGAAAGAAGGUCGUUGGGUUAUUUUCAAUGACGACAAAGUUGGUAUCUCGACUGAUCCUCCUAAAGACAUGGGUUAUGUCUACUUCUUUCAGCGGCUUGAUUGAUUCGAUGGAGCCAGUCACAAAGACAAAAAAAAACUAAUCCCUUUUUUUUUUUUCAUAGAAACUUUUAAGGUCGAUAGGGUUUUUAAGAUUUGGAUUGAGGUGACCCAUGGGACUUGUUUCGGUUCCAAAAUCUUACUUGUGGAUUAGUAAAUUUCGUUCACUAUU